AUGGCACUUGGAAUACAUUAUCGGAAGUCCUGUGCCUCCUCCGGGGCUUGCCUCAUCGCCUCCUCCGGCUACCAACAGUUCUGCACUGGCAGGCUGAACUCAGUCUGCAUCUCCUGCUGCAACACCCCGCUCUGCAACGGGCCCAGGAGGAAGCGUCCCGUCCCUUCUGCGGCGGCGACGUCCGGCAACCAGCUGCUUCUCCUCUUCCUAAACUCCUUUCUGCUGCUGCUGACGCUCCUCCCUGUGACGUAGACUGAGGAUCCCAUCUCGUCUCCACUGUUCACCUUGGAGCCUGUACCUGCAAUCACUGUGGUGAUACACUGAAGGAGCAGAUUUGGACACCACACUGGCUUUGUAUCCUCUCAGUGUCGAGUCAAACUGUUAAUCUGAUCAAUAUAAAACCGUAACCACUGAGAAUGACACUGGAAAAGUGGAGAAGUGGAAGUAUAUCGAGCUUUCUGAAUCAUUUAUCGCUUCUUGUUGCCGGUGGAGGACCAUCCAGUCUGCAAUCGAGGCAUCUCUCAGUUUCUUUGCUUUUUGUGAAGUGUGGAGUGUUUUGUGAGGAAAGUUAUUUUCUGGUUAUUACAUGCUGUAAGAGGUGCUGGUAGAAGUUAUUGUCAGAAAAUUAUAUCUUUGAGCUUUUAUUUUGUGAGCUUUUGUUGAUUUUUGGUUUCAAACAGCACUGUUUGUUUCUUUCAUUGUUGAUGCUGUUGCUGUUGUCGCUCAGAAUACACAGAUUUUCACAUUUUGAAUUGAUUAUAACAGAACUGACAUCAGUCUUCAUAUGUGACGAUGAAGAAGGCACUUUGAUUCAGGCAAAUAUGAAUUUGAAGGGUUCUGACGGUAUCUUGCAUCAUAUUAAUUAUCAUAUAUAUGCAUAUUUUCCACUGCCAAAUAAUAUUGAUUGACAUUUUACGACUUAAAAAAUGAAGGAUGCUGAAAUGGUUUUUGGAGAGACUAUUUAUGUUAUUGCUUAUCCAUCCUCGCUCAUAAGAUUUAAAGCAAAAAUGUCACAAAAGGAGACACCUGGUACAAUGGGUUAUACAUUACAUAGACAUAGUGCAGUAUAAGAUCAAGCUAAAAGCACAAAUACAUUCUCACUAGAGAAAUGCUUCAGGGUGAUAUCACACUAAUUUCCCUUUAAGUUAAUAUCCCUCAAAAAAUCAAAUCAUAGCUCAUAUUGCAUGUAGCCAAUGCUGUAGACCAAAUACUGUGUGAAUACCAAUGAGAAUUAAUUUGGCUUACAUACUGUAUGGAUCUUAUUUCCAUGUCCAGAUGGGCAUUUUGUCAAAACUGAUAUAUAUUUCCCUCCAAAUUAUUUAUUUGUUUUUAUUUUACUGCUGUCAUUUUAUUGCCUUUUUUCUGCAGUGUACAGUAUAUUAUAUUUAUAUGUAGUGAAUGUGCUGUUGUCAAGAACAAUGCAGACAUUCUCCAACUGUAUUUUAAUGCCACACAUGAUGACAGUGUUAAUGGUCUAAAGCAAAAGCCAAGAAAGAAUGUUGUAUAUUAUAUUAUAAGAUGUAUUUCAGAGCAUCGCUUGACUGUUCUGGAGACAAGAUACAUAGAUUUCAGACAGUGAUGGAUCAUCUGAUUAAUGUUCAUGGCAGUUUUUUGACUGGUCUUCUGUGAAGAGUAACACUGUAUUCUGCUGAUAUGUGAUGUAAAUAAAUGUUGCAGAAAAAUGGA